AUGGAGCAGUCGUCCAUGUGGCUGCAGCACACCCACGCAGCUGACGGCGGUGGCUUCGUGUCCGAUAGAGCAGUCCGCUUGAUCAAUGCCUCCCUGUACAUCCUCGACAGCAUGGCCGAAUCUUUUGGUGGAGGCUUUUGCUGCGGAGCUUUGGAGCUCACUGGUUCCUUGAUGACCGUCCGCGGUGGAAAGGCGGCAAGCUCGGGUGCUUUUUUCGUCGCUUCCAUCUAUGGGGGGAGCAGUCACGUCAGCAUUGUAGAUUCGAGAGUUUACGUCGAGGAGUGUACGGCAAAAAACAUUGCUGGAGGUUUCAGCACACGUCAAGAAGGUGAGUUAAGGAUCGCUGGCUCUGUGCUCAAAGUCUUGAAUGCCCGGGCUGGACGACGCAGUGGUGGUUUCGACGUCGGCUCCUUGCAAGUCUCUUCGUCUGUGAUUGAGCUGGAGAACACGACAGCUGAUUGGUAUGUGGGGGCAUUUACUGUGUGGAGACGGAUGGUCGUCGGCAACCACUCGAAGAUCACUCUUUUCAGGACCUUUGCUGUGGAGCAGUUUGGGGGCUUCAAUGCCGAAAAAGGCUUUGAAGUAGUGGAUGGCUCCAUGCUUAGCAUCCACGAAGCAAAAACUCUUGGUCCAUGCGGAGCCUUCGGAGCCUUUGCUUCUGUGCAGAUUGCUGGUGCCUCAACUCUGCGAGUCUCAAGGAGCACGGCCCAGGCAGGUGACGGCGGUGGCCUCUGCCUCCGAACAAGAGCAGGCGAGGUGCUAGUGACCGGACGCUCCCAGCUGGCCAUCUCGGAUGCCACUUCAGGAGGCAAAGGUGGUGGCCUCCAAGUUCUUGGAUCCUUGCGUGUGACGGACCAGUCCGUCGUUCAUUUGGAGAGAUGCUCUGCAGCAGGUGACGGAGGAGGCGCAUACAUCCUUGGCGACGUUGUCGUGGCCCACGGGUCCCGGUUCUUGGUGUCUGAUGCCAUGGCAGGCGGCGAGGGCGGCGGCCUGAACUCUGAAAGUGUGAAGAUCGUGGAGGGCUCCCGCCUGGAGCUUCAGGCUGUCUCAGCAGCCAGGGGAGGAGGUUUCUACACUUAUCAGUUCGUUGUAGUGGCUGGCAGCUCCACUCUGACAGUUUCGGGAAGCGACGCCAAGCUCAAGGGCGGCGCUUUUGUCGUUGAGCGCACGCUCCGUGUCACAAAGCAGUCGCGGCUGGAAGCGGAGAAUUCCCGAGCGCAGGAGAAUGGAGGCACGUUCGCGGCAGAGACCGUCAGUGCCAGCGAGGGCUCCGAAAUUGUCAUCCGGAACGGAAGCGCUGGACAGAACGGUGGAUGUGUUUGGUCUCAGAAGCUGGAGCUUUCGGACUCGAUGCUGGAGGCUUCGGAGUGCGUGGCACACGUCGAUGGCGGCGGCUUCCACGCUGACAAAGUGACGCUGUCUCGGGCUCAGGUGCGCAUCUCCGGCAGUGCUUUAGAACGGGGCGGCGGCUUCUUCGCUCAGGAGCUCGAGGCCUGGAACUCGGAGCUGUGGGUUGCCGGCCUGGACAGCAUGGCUCAGCCGGCUAAGCCUGGAGCCGACGCUGUGCUUGGCAGCGGAGCCUUUGUGGGUGGGCCGUUGCGCCUUGCGAACUCUGCAGUUCACCUACACAACCUCUGGGGGAAGAGCGCCCUGGCAUCCCGCUGUUUGCUGCUCAGCCAGUCCACGCUGUCGCUGGACGCCGCCACCGAGGUGGGCAUCUCCGUGCAAAAUGCGCUUUGUUCCUGCCAUGCUACGCAUGUUGCUGGUGUGGACUUUCCGUCGCUCCACCUGGAGGGCGCUUUGGUUGGCAUGGGCGUCUCCUCUGCGCUGCUGUCCGUGGAGCCCUGCGGCAACGAGACCCUGGAGAUCGCGCAUGUGCACUUCAGGACGUCUCACGCGGCUGUUGCAAAGACCACAGCACACACUCGCCUCCGGAACAUCACUGUCGAGUACCUGGAAGCCAUCCAUGAGAUCCAGUUGCUGACUGCCCCGAGCUUUGAAGCCGAAACUGUGCAGGUGUCCUGCCCUGCCUGUGCCCAGGGCGUGACCUUUGCUUCAGGAACCUCUGGCCUUCGUGCGGUGAGCCCUCCAAGUCUCCACUGCGAGAAAACGGCCUUGCUGAAUGGCACCACCGCACGCUGCGGCUGCUUCUUUCCACAGCAGGUCCCAGACAAGCACUACGGCGAUGACGUCGAGGUGUCGGAGACCGGAAGCUACUGCAUGUACUGCCCAUCACACUCCCAAGCUCGUGGCGAGGACUGCGAGAAAUGCCCCUUGCACAAG